CUCCAGGGCACUAACUAAAUUAAUACACCGAGCAUUUAAGUAUUUAACCAAAAUCAGAUGUACUUUGACUUUGACAAUUUCAUAGUACAUCCGAUCCGGCUUAUAAAUAGAAAUCCCUUUUCUCAUCUCUUUUCAAUUCAUUUAAUAAAAACUUUCCAUAAAAAGAAAUCUUCCUACAAUGUCCUCACUUCUCUAUAUCUUCCUCCUCUUUGCCGUCUUUACCAGCCACCGUGGAGCCACCACCGAAGCUGCCGUCGAACCAGUUAAGGAUAUCAAUGGAAAACCUCUCCUAACGAAGUACAACUACUACAUCUUGCCUGUAGUUCGCGGCCGCGGAGGCGGAUUAACCAUGUCCAACUUCAAGAACGAAACCUGUCCGAGAAGUGUGAUCCAAGACCAGUUCGAAGUCUCUCAAGGCCUACCGGUUAAAUUCUCACCAUAUGACAAAUCAAGAAUCGUCCGUGUCUCAACUGAUCAAAACAUCAAAUUCUCUCCAACCUCGAUAUGGGAAUUAGCCAAUUUCGACGAGAGGACGAGUCAAUGGUUCAUUUCAACUUGUGGCGUUGAAGGGAAUCCGGGUCAGAAAACGGUUGGUAACUGGUUCAAGAUCGACGAAUUUGAAAAAGAUUACAAGAUCAGGUUUUGUCCUACUGUCUGCAAUUUCUGCAAAGUCAUCUGUAGAGACGUUGGAGUGUUUGUGCAAGAUGGAAAGAGAAGACUUGCUUUAAGUGAGGUUCCAUUAAAGGUUAUGUUCAAAAAAGCAUACUAGAUACAACAAAUUCCACAAUAAUUUACAAAUGCUUUUGUAACACCAUUAAUAAAUAAGAACAAUAAUGCUUGUUUCUGCAACU